UGGGAAAAUAUAGUCUCAGCUACAAAACUUUGAUUAUUACUCAAUAUUUCCGAUUUUCACAGUAUCUGUAAAUCCCUAAUGGACCUAUUGCGAUCCUACGCCGAGGACGAUGAAAUCGCUAACCCUAAUUCCCAAUCUUCGCCGGAUUCUUCUCCAAUCCGAAUGCUUCCUUCUAAAUCCGCCGCCCCUAAAGUCGACGACACCAUGCUAGCCCUAACAGUCGCCGGCGAAGCUGCAAGAGCUCAAUCCAAACCCCUUGAUCCGACCCAGCACCUCGUUGGAUUCAACCCGACAUACGAACAACUAUGGGCACCAAUUUGCGGUCCAGCUCACCCGUACGCAAAGGACGGGUUAGCUCAAGGACUCAGAAAUCACAAGCUAGGGUUCGUUGAGGACGCGUCCAUUGAACCCUUUGUAUUUGACGAGCAGUACAAUACUUUUCAGAAGUAUGGGUAUGCUGUUGAUCCCUCUGAAAAUAGCUACAUCGGUGAUUUGGAAAAAAUGAAGGAAUGUGAUGCAAUUUCUGUGUAUAACAUACCACAGCAUGAACAGAAGAAGAGGAAGUUAGAGAAAAAGAAGGAAAAAAUGGAGGAGGAGGAGGGUGAUGAGCAGGACGUGGAUAUGACGGAAGUUGAAAAUCCGUCCACAGACACAUGGUUGAUGAAGAACAGGAAGAGUCCAUGGGCUGGAAAGAAAGAAGGGUUGCAAGUGGAAUUAUCUGAGGAGCAGAAAAAGUAUGCUGAAGAGUAUGCUAAGAAGAAGGGUGAAGAAAGAGGUGGUGAUAAAGAUAAGGCGGAGCCUAUGGUUGAAAAGAGCACAUUUCAUGGUAAAGAGGAAAAGGAUUAUCAGGGCAGGUCUUGGAUUGCUCCACCGAAGGAUGCAAAGGCUGCUAAUGAUCAUUGUUAUAUACCAAAGAGAUUAGUUCAUACUUGGAGUGGACACACGAAAGGGGUUUCAGCUAUUAGGUUUUUCCCUAAGCAUGGUCAUUUGAUUUUGUCAGCUGGGAUGGAUACAAAGGUGAAGAUUUGGGAUGUUUACAAUUCCGGUAAAUGUAUGAGGACUUACAUGGGGCAUACAAAGGCAGUGAGGGAUAUUUGGUUUAGCAAUGACGGGUCGAAGUUUUUGACAGCUGGAUAUGAUAAGUACAUUAAGUAUUGGGAUACAGAAACAGGACAAGUAAUUCAAACCUUCACGACAGGUAAGAUACCCUAUGUGGUGAGGCUUAAUCCUGAUGAGGAUAAGCAGAAUGUACUUUUGGCUGGUAUGAGUGAUAAGAAGAUUGUGCAGUGGGAUAUAAACAGUGGACAGAUUACACAAGAGUACGAUCAACAUCUGGGGGCAGUUAAUACAAUUACCUUUGUGGAUAAUAAUAGGAGGUUUGUGACCUCUAGUGAUGAUAAAUCACUACGUGUUUGGGAAUAUGGUAUUCCGGUUGUUAUUAAGUAUAUAAGUGAACCCCAUAUGCAUUCCAUGCCAUCUAUUUCGCCCCACCCAAAUGGGAAUUGGAUUGCAGCACAAAGUUUGGAUAACCAGAUUCUUAUCUAUAGUACGCGAGAGAGAUUUCAGCUGAAUAAAAAGAAAAGAUUUGCUGGACACAUUGUCGCUGGUUAUGCCUGCCAGGUCAAUUUCUCACCUGAUGGACGGUUUGUCUUCUCAGGAGAUGGUGAAGGCAGAUGCUGGUUUUGGGAUUGGAAAUCGUGUAAGGUCUUCAGAACUCUCAAGUGUCAUGACGGGGUCUGUAUUGGUGCAGAGUGGCAUCCUCUGGAACAAAGUAAAGUUGCUACUUGUGGCUGGGAUGGUUUGAUCAAAUACUGGGACUAGUUUUUGAGCAGCCAUUUCUUCCUGCAUUUAUUUGUGAGGAUAAGUUGUUCAAUAUCGGUUGGCUAGAGGAAUCAAGACUCUUAUAUGCUGUGAGUGGUCAACUCGUCUGGGACACAUUGGCUAAAGGGACCAAGCUAUGAAUGCAUUUGUUGGUCAAUGCUAGUUUUUACCUCUGUAAAACAGGUUUUCUUCUCAGAUGGUUUUCUUUGGUUGAGGUUUCACCACUACUAACAGAGGGACAUGUAACUUUCAGUCAAGUUAUGAUAAUUCUAUAAGACAAGUUAGUUGGAAAAUUAGUUCUUGCAUUUUCCUCUGUCAAUGUCAUGCACGAAUGUAGUUCAUGUUGUAUAUUGUUUUCGUUAUUUCAAUUCCACCCUGGCCUUCCCAACAUGGAUUAUGUUUGAGGAUAUAUAAGUUGCAGUUCUUUCACCUUUUUUCGAUUAAAUUGUAAACGUCCCAGUGUUCCAUAUCACUUUUUUCUUCGAA